AUGUCUAGUGGCAAAGAGGUUAUAUAUGUUUUAGAUUCAGAUUUUGUCAAGAUAUAUUUUAGUUCGGGUGAUGGAACAGAUUACUGGGAUGUAACUGGCAACGAGGAACAAACUAAAGACUGCUAG